AGAGUGUCAGAGGGGCUCGCAAUGCUGGCGACGCUGGUGAGGGUCAAGGCUCUGAGGAGAACAGGCUUUAUCUGCGGCCCGGGCGGCGGGAGGGAGCUGUGGACCGGCCGCCUCAAGUCAGUGUGUUCUAUUUUUGCCAGAUGCUGACAAUGUGAAGCCAUUGGAGGGUGUAAAAAUUCUGGAUCUAACAAGAGUACUGGCUGGACCGUUUGCUACUAUGAAUUUAGGAGAUCUUGGAGCAGAGGUUAUAAAAGUGGAAAGACCAGGAGUUGGUGAUGAUACACGAACUUGGGGGCCACCUUUUGUGGGGACAGAAAGUACCUAUUUUCUCAGUGUAAACCGAAAUAAAAAAAGUAUAGCUGUUAAUAUCAAGAAUCCAAAAGGAGUGAAAAUCAUCAAAGAGCUUGCAGCUGUUUGUGAUGUAUUCGUGGAAAACUAUGUUCCUGGCAAACUGUCUGCAAUGGGCCUUGGAUAUGAAGAUAUAGACAAGAUUGCUCCUCAUAUCGUCUAUUGUUCCAUCACAGGCUAUGGUCAGACAGGUCCACUGUCUCAGAGAGCUGGUUAUGAUGCUGUGGCCUCCGCUGUUUCUGGUAUGAUGCAUAUCACAGGGCCUGAGGAUGGAGAUCCAGUUCGUCCAGGAGUGGCCAUGACUGAUCUUGCCACUGGCCUGUAUGCAUAUGGAGCAAUUAUGGCUGGAUUAAUACAAAGAUACAGAACUGGAAAAGGACUGUUCAUUGACUGUAACCUACUGUCAUCUCAGGUGGCAUGUUUAACCCAGGUAGCUGCUAAUUAUCUUAUUGCCCAAAAGGAAGCAGAACGUUGGGGCACAGCUCAUGGCAGUAUUGUUCCUUACCAGGCUUUUAAAACCAAAGAUGGAUAUCUUGUAGUUGGAGCAGGAAAUAACCAACAGUUUGCUACCAUGUGCAAGAUCUUGAACUUGCCUGAAUUGAUUGAUGACUGCAAGUAUAAAACUAACCACCUUCGGGUACAGAAUAGAAAAGAGCUUAUUAAAAUACUAUCUGAACGGUUUGAAGAAGAAAUGACCAGCAAGUGGUUACACCUCUUUGAAGGCAGUAGGGUACCAUAUGGCCCAAUCAACAAUAUGAAGAAUGUAUUUGCAGAGCCUCAGGUAUUGCACAAUGGCCUCAUUAUGGAACUGAAACAUCCGACUGUAGGAAAGAUAUCAGUCCCAGGCCCAGCUGUGAGAUACAGUAAGUUCAAAAUGUCAGAGGCCAGGCCACCUCCUCUGCUUGGGCAGCACACAAUGCACAUCCUGAAGGAGACCCUCAGAUAUGAUGACAGGACCAUCCACGAGCUGCUCAGGACUGCAGUAGUGAGCCAACCUGAAACCGAAUGAAAAAGGAAAAUACUCUUUCUCAAAACCACAAUCUGAAUGCAUUUUGCUAGCAAAGGCAAUACUCUUUCUGAACCCUUCUCCCCAAUUCUGGUGCCUGGCACUAGAAGGUAGAAUCAGAUAAAUUCCAGAUUUCCUGCCUAGUGUUUGGCUCUGGUAUCUGCUUUUUAAAUGUACCUCACCUUAUGCCCUAGCUGGUGUGGCUUAGUGAAUUGAGCACUAUCCUGUCAACUGAAAGGUCACCAGUUCGGUUCUGUAAGGGCACAUGCCUGGGUUGCUAGCCAG